GUACGUUACACUGAGGCAGUUAGCAUAAGCAUUAUGAAUAUGGGAAAGCAGGGUCGAGGGCAAAAGCCACUCUGAAAAAAUAUUGAAACCAGGAAGGCAAAGCUAUGUUGUUUGAUUUCUACCAGAACAACUUCAUAACUUUAGCUAAACAGAUUCAAGAAAUAAAACACCCAUCUGUACUAACUGCAUGGGAUAUGAUGGGAAGAUGAGACAAAAUCUCUAUGUAUAAUGCUAGUUACUAUAUCCAGCAGGUGGAACAGAGCAAUCAUUUGUCUUCGUCCUGCCGUUAACCUGGCUGCUCUGUUUGGACAGACUUAAGCAGCUAAACCAGUCCCCUUGUUCCAGUCAUGUCUAAGUGGCAGUUCUCUAUGAACUCACUUUAAUACACGUAGUUAUUCCUGCUACAGACUAAUCAAAUGCUAGCACUCAGUAUUUCAGCUGCUUCCUCUGAUAGUGACUUUGAGUUGUUUAAUGCAUCUGAACAAUGAUCGUUCUUGCCUGGAGCAGUGUGAAAUGCAUUCACCAAUCUCUGUGUUUCAUUUACUGCUGGGGCGUUUUGCUGGAGGCAUUCAAUGGACAGAGUAUCUUUCUUUUCUCCAGAGCUGACAAAUUACAUGAAAUACAUGUGAAUUAAUACAUUUUAGUUUAGAAACCAUUUGCCUUGACAUUCUAGAGAUUUACUUAAGGGUUGGAGAAGAAUGUUUUCAGCUGAACCUGAUUGGGAUUUAACUAGUAGUGACAGAUGCAAUUCAUCUGGGAGAUGUGAAGAGCGGAUAAAACAAGCUUUGGAUAGCAUUGCAGAGUUUUUUCUGUCAGGGGGACUUUCUAGUCUUUUGUCUUAGAGACUGCCUGUUCUUUUCUACAUUUUACUAUGCCAUCGCCUAUCCCUCUCAAUCGCUUUCUUCCUUUGGAGUUUUCCCCAUCUGUGGAUUUGCGACCCUGUAGCAGCCCCUUAGUGAUCCCUGGUAACAAUGGAAAAAAUUUCUUGGGGGGAACCCCUUCAUGCAGGACUCGCCGCCUGCCCCCACGCCUGGCCUGGUGCUCCAUAGACUGGGACCAGCUCUGCCUCCUGCAGCCCCUAGGCUCUGGGGGCUUUGGCUCUGUCUACAAAGCUACCUACCAUGGUGCAACUGUGGCUGUGAAACAGGUGAAGAACAGCAGCAAAAACAGGCUGGCAUCGCGACAGAGCUUUUGGGCUGAGCUGAAUGUAGCCCGUCUGCAGCAUGCUAAUGUGGUACGUGUGGUGGCUGCCAGCACGUGUGCCCCUGCCAGCCAGAACAGCCUGGGCACCAUCAUCAUGGAAUAUGUGGGCAACAUCACCCUGCACCAUGUAAUCUAUGGCACUAGUGAUACAUGGAAGCAGGGUGAGGAUGAUGAAGGAGGAUGUGGAAAAAAGGCCCUGAGCAUGGAAGAGACUGUGUGUUAUUCUUGUGACAUUAUGACUGGCUUAGCCUUUCUUCACUCACAGGGCAUUGUGCACUUGGACCUGAAGCCUGCAAAUGUCUUCAUCACUGAACAGGGAGUGUGCAAGAUUGGAGACUUUGGGUGCUCCCAAAAACUGGAGGAUGGCUUGUCCCAGAGUCCCCAGGUUUGCCAGCAAGGGGGCACAUACACACAUCGCGCCCCUGAGCUCCUCAAGGGAGAGAGGGUCACUGCCAAAGCAGACAUCUACUCAUUUGCUAUCACUCUCUGGCAAAUUGUCAUGCGAGAGCAGCCCUACCUUGGUGAACGGCAGUAUGUCCUCUAUGCUGUGGUGGCCUAUAACUUACGCCCUUCUCUGGCUGCUGCAGUCUUCUGCGAGUCACCUGUGGGCCAAAGACUUCAGAGCAUUAUUAGCUGCUGCUGGAAGGCAAAUGUUGAGGAGCGCCUAAGUGCAGCCCAGCUGCUUCCUAGCCUCAGGUCCCUUAAGGGCAGUCUCUAGGAAAAACUCAAGAUUCUUAGUAUCUCUUUUAUUGUUGAUUUUUUCUUAUCCCCCUGUCCCCACUGCCUACCUGAACAUAAUGAAUUUAGCCUCUGUGUGAUCUAAAGGCUUUGUUGCACCUCCUGCUUUUUAUAUAAAAAAAAGAAACUGCUUUGUUAUGAGAAGAUUAUAAAUAAAGAGAUCCUACAAAACUAUUUUCUUAUUGUGGGAGGGGAUAGAAGCAAGGAUGCAGAUGUUGGCAAAUAUGCCUCUUUUUCUGGUGGUUCUGCCAUCCGCUGCCUUGUGCAGGAAAAAAUGGGGAAUGUGACAUGCAGAAAAAUAGCUGUUUUCAAAUAAGUGGUGAAGUACAAAAAAACUGCUGCUUCUGAAAGGUUCUUGGUACAUAAGAACUUUGGUAUUUCCAAAAUAUGAGAUAUAAGGAGUACUUUAGACUUGCUGCAUUUGAGCCUUUCCUCUUCGUUUUCCAGGGAAUAAGUGUGCAUCACAAAACAGUGGAUGCACCAAAACAAAUGCAGAGAGUCAUCGUUUCUCUCCUCUUUUUCAAUGUACUUAAUUUCAGUAAGUAUGUUGUUUCUGAAAUGGAAAAUGUAAACUAUCCAAUCUCUGUUUUGAAAUAAGGGACCUUUUCAUCUAAGGUUAUCAAAGGUAAGAAGGUGGACAAAUUAACAACUUGUGCUUAUAUAAAAACUUCUAUGCUGUCAGGUGUCUUUGUCACAGCUUGUUACUUGGUAUAUUAAAAACUAUUGUAAACUGGUA